AACGAGCUACAGAGUGAAAUAACGUUUUUCUUUUUCUUUUAUCGACUCGUAUAUCGUUGACCAGGCAAUCAUGUCUAGUCACGACGCCGCAAACAUGAAGCUUCCGCCGAUUCAAUCUACGGCCGGUGCCGUUCCGAUACGGAACGAAAAAGGUGAGCUCUCGAUGGAGAAGGUGAAGGUGAAGAGAUAUGUGUCCGGUAAACGUCCAGACUACGCCCCCAUGGAGUCUUCAGAUGAGGAAGAAGAGGAAUUCAAGUUUGUGAAAAAGGCAGCGGAAGUAGAGCCGGAGGUGGAGCCACAGGAAGAGGACGUCUCAGACCCGCGUCUCAGACGUUUGCUCAACCGCACUUCUGAGGACGUGGAGGAGAGGUUAGCGAGGCAUCGACAGAUUGUUGAGCCUGAAGUCGUCGUUGAGAGCAGCGAAGACUCUGAUGAGGGAACGUGGCAUCCUGAGCGAGAAGAGAGCAGCGAGGAUGAAGAGGAGGAGGAAGAAGUGGAUGACGAGGAAAUUGAACGUAGACGAGCGAUGAUGCGUCAGCGGGCGCUGGAACGGAAGAACGAGGAAAUGGAGGUGAUGGAGGUGGAGGAGGAGGGCAAGUCAGGGGCGGAGUCUGAAUCCGAGUCAGAAUAUGAGGAAUACACAGACAGCGAAGAUGAAGCAGAACCGCGACUCAAACCCGUCUUCAUUCGCAAGAAGGACAGAAUCACUGUUGCUGAGCGAGAAGCUGAGGAGCAGAAGCAGAGAGAACUGGAGGCUGAGGCUAAAAAGCAGGCGGAGGAGCGUCGUCGUUAUACCCUGAAAAUCGUUGAGGAGGAGGCUAAGAAGGAGUUUGAGGAGAAUCGGCGGACACUGGCCGCUCUGGAAGCCCUGGAUACAGAUGGGGAAAAUGAGGAGGAGGAGGAGUACGAAGCCUGGAAGGUCAGAGAGCUGAAACGCAUUAAGAGAGACAGAGAAGCCAGAGAAACGAUGGAGAAGGAGAAGUCAGAAAUCGAGAGAUUCCACAGCCUGACAGAGGAGGAGCGCAGGGCCGAGCUCCGAAACAGCGGGAAAGUCGUCACCAACAAAGCCCAAAAAGGCAAAUACAAGUUUCUCCAGAAGUACUACCACAGAGGAGCUUUCUUCAUGGAUGAGGAAGAGGAUGUUUACAAGAGAGAUUUUAGUGCUCCUACUCUGGAGGAUCACUUCAACAAAACCAUCUUACCAAAAGUUAUGCAGGUCAAAAACUUUGGUCGGUCGGGACGCACCAAGUACACCCACCUGGUGGACCAGGACACUACCUCGUUUGACUCCGCCUGGGCUCAGGAGAGUGCUCAGAAUAACAAGUUCUUCAAGCAGAAGGCAGCAGGGGUGAGGGAUGUGUUCGAUCGCCCUACAGUGAAGAAGAGGAAGACUUAAGGCCAUUCUUAUAACGCUUCUGGAGAGUACGCUGCAUCACGCUGAUAACAUGGUUCAGUCCUUUCUUCAGACUUUUAGUGAAAUAAAAUCAGCACAUGUACUGAUUUGUCCUAAGUUAAGAUGAUGAACCUGGAUAUGUGGAAGAUUUCUACAAUGUUGUAAAUAACCUUUUGCUGAUUUUUUUUUUUCCAUGUCAAUAAAGGUGUUAUAACCA